GGCGUGUGAAAAACUAGAGGAGAGAGAUGAUCAAAAACAGACAAAUGAGUCGAAUCACAAACCAUGUACAAAGCGAAAAAACAAAUAUUAAAUAACAAGAACGAAAACACGCGAGUCUUAAUACAUCACAGAAAACUCGUUUAAUGUGUUUGUGUGCUCGACUCUGUCGUGGUUCCUGUUCAUGUCCACCAGGCGGCGCCAUCACAUCAGACAACAGCAGUAAUAAUCUGAACCGGGCCCAGGGAGACAUCAUGUUAACGGUUUGUUUGUGUUGGCCCUGCUUGGUGAUGCUGUGGGGGUCUCCAGGGGCCAGGGCCAAUGAUGCCAUUAACUUCAAAUGCCUUUCAGACAGAGAUGAGGGCAUCACAACAUCCUGUCUGCAGCCGCUGAGAGAUGCUGUUGUUUCCAGCAGCCAAUCACUGCCUGCCCUCACUGAAGGGGGGGUAGGGGCGGAGGGUCUUGGCAAAGACCUGGUCCCACUUAGCUGGACUUGUAUGUGUGUUGAACAAAUGAGCGGUUUCCUCUGAGUUCCUGCAGAGCUGGCACUGCUCACAGGACAUCCCCCUGCCCCCGACAGUGUGGGAGGUGGGAAGUAAAGAGUGCAGACACAGGAGACCCAGGGCCCUAAGACUCGGACCAUCGCCGUCAUGAACUUGACUAUAUGUGUUCUGGAGCUGCUGGGGGUAUUCUUCUCAGCGGGGGCCUGGCUCGGCUCACUGACCACCACCCUGAUGGGAACUUGGCUCACCCAGUCCACCGAGCUCCUGCCCACCGAGAGCUAUCAGAUGGGGCUGUGGGAGAUCUGCGUGGUGCAGGACAUGGGGGUUCUGGAGUGCCGGCCCUACAACAGCCUGCUGGGUCUGUCACCGGACAUCAAACUGGCCCAGAUCUUCAUGUGCACGGCUGUGGCAGUGGGGCUGCUGGGACUGUUGCUGGCCAUCCCCGGCCUGCACCUGGUCAACAGCUGCCGGGACAACGUCAGGUGCAAGAGGGGCCUGAAAAUGGCAGCAGGGACCCUGUGCAUGGCGGCUGGGGUACUGGGGCUCAUCCCCGUCUCUUACGUGGCCUACAAAACGGUGGAUCGGUUCUACGAUGAGACUUUGCCGGACAUGGUCCCACGCUGGGAGUUCGGGGACGCCCUGUUCUGUGGCUGGACAUCGGGGUUCCUUCACCUGGUGGCGGGAACUCUGCUGCUGAUUUCCUGUCUGCGUCUGCAGAAGCAGAACUCUAACACACCUGUCCCCAUGGCUCAGGUGUGGCUGCAGCCGGGAGUCCCCUUUCUCAGGACCAGAUUUGAGUAUGUCUGAGACUCCUACUUGCCAGGGCCCGGUUCUCCAUAAAACUCCUUUAAUCAUGUCCAUAUGGUCUGUUGAACAGGUUCAGGGUUUUUCUGUGGAGAGAACAAACUGUAAACUGUCAUUAAGCAUUUCACUGAGAAAAUGUGUUUUUAUUCUGGUGUUAUUCUGUCUGGAGCAGCAGAAACACAAACUCUGUGUCAAAGCCUCUUUUUAGAAACACUGAAUUCAGCCUGACGAGUCUCGUCUGUGGAAAAUGUUAAAGCUUUUGUAUCGUUUGUUUUGUGGGUCUGGUCACAGCGCUCAAUCUGACGUCCAAAAUAUUUCCAGUGAUGCAACAUCUUAUUGCACAUGAUACAUAUUUUAAACCCUGUCAGCUUCAAUCAGUCAGAUGUUUUAUUGUGAGGAAUUUUUUUUCCUGGAGCCAAAGCAACAAAAAAAGCUGCUGUUUGUUUGUGCAAGAACUGUUCUCACAGAAUGUCUGAAUACAUGACACACGUCUGUCUCUAUGAGCUGGAAACAGAUUUAAUCCCACUGUAGUGUUUUCUGGAAACACAUGAUCAUUUCUGUAAGCCUGAGGCUCCCCCACCUGAAAAACACUGAUUUAUUGAUGAUCAGAUAUGAAAAAUGCUCCAUUAUCAACAUUUUUACUCAGCAGGUAUAAAAGAUGAUUAAAGUUGAAUUUAAAGGUUAAAUAAAUGUAUCUUAACAUCAGGGAGCUGCGGUCAGGCUGACAGAAAAGCCCAAAUGUGUCUACAGGUGUAUGUAUGUUGUGUAUUUGACUGUUGAGAGAGAGAGAAGCAGCUGGUGUUUGGUUCAAAAUCACAUCGUGUUCAAUCACAUGCUGAAGAAUGAUUUGUACAGAAUUAUUACGAUCUGAAUCCAGAGUGUUGCCAGCAGAUGGCUGUAAAGACAAGUAGCAUGUAAAUAAAGAUCCUGCAUAA